GUGGGAACGAACGCCUUCGGGCCUCGAUGGAGUUAGUGGCAAUGCUGCUUUGUUCUUCGCCUCGACAUCUCGAUUUCUUUCAAAAGUAUUUUGUUAUCGCCUUGCGAUACUUCCUAUCCACCCACACCAGUCUGAGAACCAACCGCCAGCAUGUCGUGGAGAAAUCAAGGCAUCACCGGCUCCAAUAACAUUCCCCUGGGAAAGCGCCGAUUUGGUGGUGACGACGAAGAAGAAAUUGGUGUCGCGAACGGAGUCUCGAAUGGCGUCUCGAAUGGCACCGUGUCGCCGAAUGGAUUUUCGAAUAGCGACCGUGAUGUCAAACGCGGCCGCAGCCCUGAGCGAUCCGACCUUGACGGACCGAGACGUCGCAAGAAGCGCAACCGCUGGGGCGAAGCAACCGAGAACAAGGCUGCCGGCCUAAUGGGCCUACCGACCGCCAUCGUCGCCGACAUGACCAGCGAGCAGCUCGAGGCCUACACUCUUCAUUUGCGCAUUGAGGAAAUCACCCAGAAGCUCAAGAUUGACGAUGUCGUUCCCGCCGACGGAGAUAGGUCGCCCUCGCCCCCCCCUCAGUACGACAACCAUGGUCGCCGUGUCAACACCCGCGAAUACCGCUACCGAAAGCGUCUCGAGGACGAGCGUCACAAGCUGAUCGAGAAGGCCAUGAAGACCAUCCCGAACUACCACCCGCCCCAGGACUAUCGCCGGCCCACCAAGACCCAGGAGAAGGUCUACGUGCCGGUCAACGAUUAUCCAGAGAUCAAUUUCAUUGGCUUACUCAUCGGACCCCGUGGCAAUACGCUCAAGAAAAUGGAAUCAGAAUCCGGCGCCAAGAUUGCCAUCCGUGGAAAGGGCUCCGUCAAGGAGGGCAAAGGCCGCUCCGACGCUGCCCAUUCCAGCAACCAGGAAGAGGAUCUCCACUGCCUCAUCAUGGCCGACACCGAGGACAAGGUCAACAAGGCCAAAAAGCUGAUCCACAAUGUCAUUGAGACGGCUGCCUCUAUUCCCGAAGGCCAGAACGAGCUGAAGCGUAACCAGCUUCGUGAACUUGCUGCCCUCAACGGAACGCUUCGUGAUGACGAAAACCAGGCAUGCCAGAACUGCGGCCAGAUUGGCCACCGCAAGUACGACUGCCCGGAGAAGCAGAACUACACGGCCAGCAUCAUCUGCCGUGUCUGUGGUAACGCUGGACAUAUGGCUCGUGAUUGUCCUGACAGACAGCGGGGCGCGAGCUGGCGUAACGACAACCCGAUGGGCCGGCCCGGCGCUCCUCGCUUGGGCGGCGGCGGCGGCGGCGAUGCAGUGGACCGAGAGUACGAGCAACUCAUGCAAGAACUCGGUGGCACGGGCGCUGCUCCCGCGCGCAUCGAAGCAGGGCCUGGAUCCCAGGGUGCUCCCGCUGCUGGUGGCGCUGGUGGCGCCGAUGCUCGGCCCUGGGCACGUGGCCCGACCGGCGGACCUGCUCCCUGGCGUUCUCGGAACAACGACCGCGACAGCGAAGGCGGACCUCCCGGCGGGCCUCCUGCUGGCCCCUCGGGCGGACCUGCGCCCUGGGCUCGCGACCGCGGUGGUGACCGCGAUAGGGAUCGUGGUUAUCGCGGCUCCGAUGGCCGUGAUGGUGGUGAUAGCUACUACCCGGGUGGUCAGGGCUCGUAUGGCGGCGCCCCUUCCGCCCCGGGGACUGCUCCCUGGAACCAGCCGGCGGGUGCUGCAGCUGGAUAUGGUGGAUACCCGAGCUACGGUGGUUAUGGCGCUCCUGGCGCGCCCCCGGGAGUGGGUGGCGCCCCUCCUGGAUUGCCUCCCCCGCCUCCUCCGGGCGGCGCACCGCCUGGCCUCCCGGGUGGACUCAAUGCCCUCAUCAGCCAAUACGCUAAUGCCGCCCCGCCUCCACCUCCACCCCCGUCGGGAGAUGCUCCGCCGCCUCCUCCGCCCAUGGACCUGCCGCCUCCUCCCCCUGGUGCUUAAGGGAGACGCUAGCGAACUAACUCUGCUCCAAUAUAUUUUGCGUUGGGCAGUGGGAUGCUACUGACCGAUAGGAUGUUUGUUGUUUUAUUUUUAUUUUACGAUGGCGCGCUUCCUCCAUAGCCUAACUCAUCAACCAGCUUGACAAUAGGUUGGCAACUAAGUUGACUGGUCUGCUAGCUAGACAGCUACACGAGCUCCGGUGGGCACUAACGGCACAAGUUUAGAGAGAAUAUCUUUUAACCCGUCUAUGAUCAGUGUGUAAUCUGUGAAAUGCAACGUGAGUAGAGUAAACAUAGGCACUUGAGGGCGUUAUGUAGCUCAAGAAGUGGUAUCAUGUUGGCCGUAAUAAAGCUAUUGCUUGUUGUCAAUGGAUCACUUACCCAAUGAGGUUCCGAUGCAUUCUUUUAUUCGACAGUUCGGUCUGAGUUGCGCGCAGAGGGGUGUUCCAGA